CAGAAACACUUUUCAAGAAAAAGCACUGUCAAUGAGUAUGGUAUUUCCAAACCAGUUGUUGAAAAUCCACAGAAAUAUAGCCAUGUUGAAUCUUCACAUAAUGACAUUCCAGCUGAAAUUUGUCUGUUGGAUCCUGUAUUUGUAAAUCCCAAUUCUAUUGACAGCAUCGUAUUAGUUCUACGACAUAUUGGUAAAAAAGGAAGAAUUUCUAAAUAUUUGAAAGACGAUGAUGAAACCCCAAAAAGAUUUUGGACAUUCGUUUGCUGUGACGGGCUUCCGCAUGGAUUGGUACGAAGAGUUGUUGAAGAGUACUUUGUAUGCUUAGAAUGUGAAGAAGGAUUUUUAGGUAUUAAGAAUGUUGAAGAUCAUGAAGUCAAAGCACAUCCUAAUACAAGAUCACGAUAUGUUCAAGAAUUUGAUUGGGUAUUCCUUAUUUGUGGUGAUGGUCAUUAUGAAAUGAACCUUAUGAAGAGCUUUAUGGAAUUGAACUGGAAUGUAUGCAUGAAAUCAUUAGUUGAGGUAAUGGGAUUUAGAUCUGAAAAGGCCCAGAAAUCAGCAUUGGCAUGUUCUGACAACCACAAGACAUGGCAACUCAUCAUGAUAUUUCAUUUAGGUACAAUUUUAGAGUUGGUCAAGCCAUAUGUUGAAAAAUGUCUACAUGAAAAGCAUGAUCCUAGUCCUCAAGACUACAUUUCAUAUGUAAAGACAAAAAGUGACAAUGCGAAUUAUCUGUAUCUAUUUGAAAUGGUAUGUAGGUAUACUCAAGCUAUCAUAAAUAUAAGAAUGGCUGUGAGACGCAACAAUUACAUUCUUCUGCAAGCAGGAAAAUUUAUGAGUAAGGAGCUCUUUCAUGGAAGGAACCAUCCCAAAUACCAAGACAUUGAAGUAUUUGAUCAUUUUGUACAUCAGCUAAUGCCAGUUGAACUAAAAACACAUUUUGCCUCUCACUGUAGUCUAUCCAAAUCAGGGAAUAAGAGCAAAGGUCAAGGGUUUGACUUCAUUCUUGAAGAAGAAAAUAAAUCUGUAAAGACAUGGUUGAAACGAGGUGUUCCAACUGAAAAAGUAUGGUUGUCAACUUGUAGAAAUAAUCAAUCACUGAAACAGAUUAAAAAAUCUGUAACCAGUAUUGUAGGAAGCGUAUAUGAGGACUUGCAUGGAAAAGAACCAGAUUUAGAAGCUCCUAUAAAUGAGUGGAGACUACGCCUUCGACAAACUGGUUAUAUAAGUGACCAAAAACAUGGACCAGUAUUAACAUCAAUUUCAGCUGAUAUUCUAGAUCAAGAACUGUUGUAUUUUACAAGAGAAUCAAAUAGAAAGAGAGGUUAUCGAAUAAUGGAUAUGCUUUUACAUCAGCCACCACCAAAUGAUCCAUCCAUUCACCAUCCUGUCUACAUUCUUCCAUCAGAGAGAGAAAAAUAUUUGUCUGUUGAUUCACUUACAAUUCAAGAGAUUGACAACAAAAUUUUAGAUACAAUUGAUGAUCUUGAUGAAAUUAAUAAGCUCAUGUUCCUUGAUUUAUAUAGGGAAAUGAUAAGAAGUAAAACCACUCGGAAGGAGGAUCAUAUAAAGUUUUUGGAGGAAAUAUCAACUGCUGCUGCUUAUCUUGACAGUGUAGAUGGGGAUAGUAAUUUCUUAAAUGAAGAGUUGGAGAACUUAUAAUGCUAGUGUGAAGGAAUUGAUGACCCUAUUUAUAACCUUGUGAUUGCAGCAGAAAAUCAGGAAAAUUAUUUAGUGUUUGCAGAAGAUGAUGGGUUACAAAAUGAAGGCAAUAUUAUAGAUAUCCACCUAAAUAAUAUAGCUAUGGACACAGUAAAUGACGAAGAUCUAGAUGCACCUUCUCUUCAUGACUUGGCUGUUGAUACUUUAGGAGGAGAAUCUACCAUUAUGCCGAUUUCUAUUGACAUAGUUGAUAGUAAUGAGGUGGACUUAGGAGAUGACGUAAUGCCUGAAGAGUUGAGUCCAGUUAUACCAACACCAUCAACCUUUAUGUUAGAUGCAGUAGAAGAAGUGCCAUCAACCUCAAAAACACCAAGUCCAAGAAGAAAAAGAAACCAAAAGGGCAAGUUUAUGAGCAAACAAAAUGGUACGCCCACGCAGAUGGAAAGAAGAGAGAAGGAUAGAAAAAGGAAGCAUUUUGACCGAAAUCUUAAAAUUUUUGACAAGUUAACAAAUGCAUCAGUUGGGGCAGAGAGUUUAGCUUACUUCUGCCUAAUAAAAAGGGAAAAUGGAGAGGUCCACUAUACAGGUACAGACGAUUUCAUCAAAAAAUUCAAAGAAAAUGAGAGUCUUCUUGAUUUUAAAGACGGAAUGAUAGAGACAAGAAGAGAAUCAUUGCUCCUGAAAUUGAACAAAUCUACUGUUAAAAAACAAGCUGUAGAACCUUCUCCCCUGAAAGCACCAGAGCAGUUCUCAUUUUUGCCAGGUAUAGGCUUAGGUGAAUCCCAAAGGAAGGAAUUGGGAGAAGCUUUUGUAUCUGGUGAAAAUGCAAUUGCUUUGGACAAAGACAGAAUAGCAGAUAUAAAAAAACGUAUAUGGGUUAGGAAAAACAGAGUUAAUCCAAAAGAAAGAGUUGAAACAAGGGGCAGGGGCAGAGGUCGGGGACAGGGCAGAGGGAGAAAGAAAGGCACUGAAUCAAACAAAUAAUCAUUUUUUAUGUACAUCAAGAUAGUGUAGGCUUUUUUCAUCCAUUCAUGAUGUUAAUUAUUACAAAUUGCAAUGUUAAAUGUUUACAAUUUGUGUCUUUUAUGUUCCAAUCAUCAUCAACCCUAGUGAUAUUCCAUAUCUCGUAUAUAUUUCAUUGAUCAUGUUGAUAUUGAGGGCAGUAUUUGCAAAAAUUGUUUAUGAUGUUUUAAUCUUACUUUAAGCAUAAUGAGUAAAAGUCCUCUCAAAUAAAAAAUCACAUUGUCUUGAAUUAACUUGUUGUAGUCUGAUAACGUCAUGAUCACAAAAGAGACAUUUGUACAAUGAUGUCAAUUUUAUAUUUUAAUUUGUAUUUUAUGUACUGAAUAAAUGUGAUUGUCAUAUUCAUUUAUGAUUGAAGUACCAAAUUUGCUGUUUAUAUUAUAAUCUUCCUCCAUUUACCAUGUUUUUGAUUUUGCAUUUGUUAUAAACUACAUGUAUUUUGAUAAAUUUGUUUACAUUUGUUUGAAUUACUAUGAUUUUCAUGUAUUUUGAUAACUGUUUUUUACUUUACAUUGUUUACUUGUUUUACUGUGUGUACAAUAUUUUUGAUAAAUUUAUUUUCUAUAUGCUCCACCCAAUUCUUACUUUGGGAUUAUCCUAAUAUUCAUAUGUUGUACUUAAUCACAAUGUUUACUACUGUUAAUAUUCAUCAUGUACUUGUUUUGUUUUCACCCUGCUUUUCAUACAGUAUUUAAAGUGUUAAGAAAAGAAAAUAAACAUGUUAAUUUAAGGAUCCACGCACCAGUACAUGUAUUAUGAUUGUGUUUGGGAAUGUAAAACUGUAUUGAUUUGAUUUAAUGAUAUGUAUAUAUAUAAAUUUUAAGGAGAGCAACAAAUGUCUAUUUACAAGUUAAGAAGACAUUCUAUGUAAAAACAAUGCAACUAGACAUUCGAGAAAUAAAGAAUUAUAAAUGAAUGCUGCAGUAGUCUCUUCCAUUUUUACCAAGUUUAAUUUUCAUGCUCUGAUUAUUUUUGGAUUAUUAUCAAAUUCUAUAAAAGUUUGGUGAUCCUUACAGUGGGGGUAUGUUUUCUUCAUAUUGUUGUAUUUUUAUAUACAUAUUAAAAAAAUAUUACAUAUCUAACAUGAUUACAUAAUAUGUUGUGUAUCAUACAUGAUUAAGAAUACAAAUGCUUGUUGUUUUGAACUUGCUGUAUGAAUUGAUAUCAAUAAAUUUGUUUACAUGAUG